ACACACAUUGGUGAGUGCGAUUGGCGAAUCAAAGAUGAAUAAAAAUUAAAAGAGAAGAAGAAGAAGAAGGCAACGACGAACAAAAGUGAUACGACGUGUCGAACGAAAGACGAUCAUUCACACAUUUCAAUAAUAAUAUUAUUGUUGUUAUCUCUAAAUUUCACCCGAAAAAAACCUAUGUGACGAAAUUCGAACGAAUUUGACCCGUUUUUUGGUGUUGUAUAGAAAAAAUUGAAAUUAAGCGCUAAAAAUAGAGAAUAUAAAAAAAAUUGAAAAGUUUGACAAAAAUCGUAGUUGAAAAGUGAAAAAUUUGUGUCGUGAGUGUGGGCAUAUUAUCGGUGUUAUGAACUAGACGUUUCGAUGCUGUAGAUAUUUUUCAUUUGCAUUUUUGUGUAUACAGAAGUGGAUAAGCCGUUUCGAAUAGAGAUCCUGUCGCUGUGUCGGUAGCGCAUAUUUAAAGCACUACCGACAGCACAGCCACACAAAACACUUUUUGAAUGAUUCAUUUUUGAAUUUGAAGUGAAGCAUUUGCAUCUUUCACGAAUACUGCCAAAAGAAAAAAAAAUUCCUUCGAAGUGUAAAAGAACCAGAUCGAAUAGAGACGGCUGACAAUUUAAAAAAAAAAACGACGGCCGAAAAAUUGUGAUAAGUUUUUUCAUUGAAAUCUCGAGGAAAAAAAAAUUUUAAUUAUUGCAGAUGAGAGCUUCAACGACAUCGAGUCGUAUUUGAAGACUCUCAAUGCCGCUUUAAAUGAAACUAUGAACCAGGAAGCCUUAUCAUUCACCUUAACGCAGAUCAAUUACUUGGUUUCUAACUUGAACAAGAAAAAUUUUGAACAAAAUUCACGGCAAAUCGCUGCGCUCGUCAAACCGUUCGGAUUAGAAGCAGAUCGCCAUCUUCUGCGUUGUUUAUUUUCAUCCAUUGAUUUUAGUGACGCCAAUCAAACGGCCAAACAUUCAUUGCAAGCAAAAUUACUCAAUCAAGAGCUGAACGCUUUACUCAGCAAAUCAUCAUUAAUUACAAACAUUUGUUUUUCCAUCGAUAAUUGUUUUGCCAAACAAAAAACACUAAAGCCAACGCAAAAUUUAUUGAAUCAAUUGUUUAAAUCGUUGACUUGUUCGCCGAUUCUUGAAGUGGUUAUUUCGUUGGCACUCACCUAUUCCAAAGUUCCCGAAUUUGUGCGCUUAGCCGAAAGCCAAUUAAAAAUCUGCCUACCAUCAUUGAUUCAAUCCUAUGUGGAAAUAGAUACUGCCCGUUCAAAUCAAGAAGGAAGUCUUAAUGAUAUAUCGCCCGAAUUAUUACAGUUAAUUUUAUCGUUAUUAUCGCACGAUAAAUAUAAGAAAUACGGUAUAUCGGAGUUAACACAUAAAAAAUUUGUAUCUCAAUUUAGUCGUGAUUUUCCGCGUGAACGUUGUCCAUUGAUUUUAGCGCCAUUGAUUUAUAGUGAAAAUACCGAGAUCACCGCUGACAAAAUGUCAGCAAAUUCCCAGGGAAUUUUAACAUCGGCCAUUAUGGAUACAUCAUGGCCAAAUCUUGUUAUGGACAUUGGCUAUGCAUUUACAGCCAGUACUGAUGAGUGUAAAAAUCAUUUAAUAAAAAUUGGUGGCCGUGAUUUAUCUGCACAAGAUGUAGCUAAAAUAAUAUCGUUAAUGUGUCGAACACAUAAAACAUUAUCCGAUUUGAGCAUAAAUUUACCGAAUCCAAGUUCAUUUUGGUCGGCAAAUAAUGGUAAUACUCAAACAACCCAAGAGUCCAAAGAUAAAAAUCAAAAUUCAACAUUGACAUCAAGCAAUGAGCAUACGACAUGGAAGCCCGAAGUAUUUGUCCAAGCAUUAAAGGAACAUUCGCCCAAUUUGAAUUGGAAAGAUGUGUGCAUCGGUUUGGAUCAUAGUGAGUUUGUGAUUAAAGACCGUGCCGCCCUAGUGUUAUUAAUGACAAUUAUUCGAUUGGGCAUGCAAUCAAGUGGUGCCGGUCAACAUUUCCCCGCCGAUACCAUUUAUCGUUCAUGGACGAACACCGAAGGUCAAUUGUCAUUCAUUUCAAUGAUCUUAAAAAAUCCCGACGUUUAUUCAUUUGCCGAUCACAUAUUCACCAGUGUAUCGAUUGAAUUGCUUAAAACACCACCCGAAACUGAUAACAAAGAGAUUGCCGCAUGGAGAUCGGUGCAUUUAGUUGAAGUGCUAUUGUAUAUUGCGGAAAAAGGCUACUAUGCCCAGGUGUUGGAACAUUUUAAAGUGCCAAUGCAACAUUGUCCGGAUAUUUUAUUCAUGGCAUUGUUACAAAUCAGUCCACCGAUGACAGUGCUAUUGCAAGAGAUGUUCCAAACAUUGAUGCCAGUUUUUUUGGGCAAUCAUCCGAAUUCCGGCACCAUUUUGCAUCACGCAUGGAAUUCAACGAAAUUUAAUAAUUUCUCAUUGCGGCAUAUAAUCAAUCAUUCGAUGAGCGAUUGGUAUUUGCGUGGCGACAAUGAUCAAUCACGUUUAACGCGCAUUCUUGAUGUGGCCCAAGAUUUAAAGUCACUUUCCAGCUUAUUGAAUGUUCGUUCAUUUCAAUUUGUCAUUGAUUUGGCGUGCUUGGCAUCGCGACGCGAAUAUCUUAAGCUUGAUAAAUGGCUAACGGAUAAAAUUCGUGAACAUGGCGAACAAUUUGUUCAAUCGAUUGUCACAUUUUUACAACGUCGUUGUCCACAAAUUACCGGCGCCAAAAUUCCCGACGAUCAAAUACCAAAAGCCGCACAAUUGCCACAUGAAACGCUCACCACAAUACUCACUUGUUUGCAAGCAUGUGUUGGCAGUGUUCAACAGGAUUUGGCCGAUGCAAUUGUUCAAAUGUCAACUAAUUGUACCAUUUUGAUGAACAAACAACGACAACAACAGCAGCAACAGCAACAGCAGCAACAACAACAGGCACCACCUACCGGUGUUUUGCGUCGUGGUUUGGAAUCCAAUCUCAUCUCAUCGGUUGCUGGAUCCAUGUUCAGCGGACCAACGGUUGAUUCAAUCUCUGGCCUAAGCUCAAAUUUGGCCGGUUUGAAUUUGAGCGGACCGGCAAAUGGUGCAUUUAAUUUUAGCACAAGUUUAAUUGGUAAUUUGGUAUCGACACCAGCAUCACCAUCACGAUUGCUGCAAGGCCAAUCGAAUAGUCCAUUCCAAUUGCCAAUCGUGCCAUUGAGUGGUUUACCACCGGUCAAUAAUUUAGGUCGAAUUGCACAAACGCCAACCGGCGAUAAACUUAAUGUGACCGCAAAUAAUCCCAGUUUUCCGGACAUUACACAAAAAAUAUCGAAAGAAGUUGAAGAUGAAGCCAAUGGAUACUUUCAACGGAUUUAUAAUCAUUCGCCGCAUCCAACGUUGUCAAUUGAUGAGGUGCUCGAUAUGCUGCAACGAUUUAAAGAAUCAACAAAUGAACGUGAACGUGAAGUGCAACAAUGUAUGGUACGAAAUCUGUUCGAAGAAUAUCGUUUCUUUCCACAAUAUCCGGAAAAGGAGCUACAAAUCACAGCACAACUAUUUGGCGGAAUUAUUGAACGCAAUUUGGUGCCAUCGGCUCAGCAGCUUGGUCUCGCACUGCGAUAUGUUUUGGAAGCACUCCGGAAGCCAGAAGGAUCAAAAAUGUACUAUUUUGGUAUUACGUCGUUGGAUCGAUUCAAAAAUCGUUUAUAUUUGUAUCAGAAUUAUUGCGAAUAUCUUAAGCAAAUUCCAAGUUUCAACGAAUUUCCCGCACAUCUCACCGAAUACAUUAAGUACGGCAUUAAAGGCAUUGAACCACCAAAUAAACCACAAAGUCAAGUGCCAUUGGGACAGGUGAUGCCCACAAAUGCGUCGGCCUUGUACCGCAGUAAUUCGGUGACUGGAAAUUUGGCGACAACGCCAACGACAAAAGCAACACCAAUCGCAAAUGCAGCGGCUAUUGCACCGCGAAAUCUAAAAUCAAUUGCAAAUGCAACAAAUAUCAAUACAUUGCUCGUAGCGACAGCCGAUCGUGAAGAGAAAAUAACACUGCCGCCGGAUGCCAUUCAAGAUAAGACGGCAUUUAUAUUCAAUAAUUUGAGUCAAAUAAAUAUGCAAGCAAAAUGCGAAGAGCUGAAAGAGAUCAUGACCAAAGACUAUUGGCCAUGGUUGUCACAGUACAUGGUAUUGAAACGUGCAUCGAUCGAAUUAAAUUUCCAUGCAUUAUAUUCGAAUUUCUUGGAUGCACUAAAAAAUCCUGACAUCAUUCGUUUGGUAACCAAAGAAACGUUUCGCAAUAUUCGUGUUCUAUUGCGUUCGGACAAAGGAAUUGAAAACUUUUCCGAUCGAAGCCUAUUAAAAAAUCUUGGCCAUUGGUUAGGUAUGAUGACAUUGGGUCGAAAUCGUCCCAUCCUUCACAUUGAUCUUGACUUAAAAUCGUUACUCGCCGAGGCAUACCAUAAGGGUCAACAGGAACUAUUGUAUGUGGUGCCAUUUGUGGCAAAAAUCGUUGAAUCGUGCGCAAAGAGUAAAGUAUUCAAACCACCAAAUCCAUGGACAAUGGGCAUCAUGAAUGUAUUGGCUGAAUUGCAUCAGGAACAAAAUCUAAAGUUAAAUCUUAAAUUUGAAAUCGAAGUAUUAUGCAAAACACUGUCGAUAGAUGUGGCCGACUUGAAACCGGCCGUAUAUCUAAAAGAUCCGGAACGAUUAAAUACAAUUGAAUAUCAAUUGUCACAACCAAAGAAGGAAGAAUUGUUGCAACCACGUUCGACGCCACAGCAAAUGGCAAUACCAACAAGUGAAGCUGAAUCGACUUCGGCACAAAUGCAACCAUCGACAUCGCCAAGUCAAAGCGGUGAACAAUCGACCGGACCACCAGAGCCGAGAUUCAAUUUCACCGACAUCACCAUUGGCAGCAUGUCGAAUUUGGCACAGCACAUUGUCUAUUCACCAAAUAUUACCAUACUACACGCUCAUCCACAAUUGAAACAAAUUGUACGAACAGCCAUUGAACGCACAAUUUCCGAAUGGUUGACACCGGUCGUUGAUCGCAGUGUUCGCAUUGCGGUCAAUACAUGCGAACAAAUUAUGCGAAAAGAUUUCGCAUUGGAUCCGGACGAAACGCGAAUGAGAAAAGCCGCACACUAUAUGGUACGAAAUUUAACAGCCGGCAUGGCAAUGAUAACAUGCAGAGAUCAAUUGAAUAGUGUUAUUCAGAAGAAUAUUAUAUCGGCAUUCACCACAUCGAUGACACCGCAUCCACCCGAAUUGAAUGAAUUGGCCACACAAAUUGCAAACGAUAACACCGAAUUGGCGUGCGCAUACAUACAGAAGACGGCCAUUGAGAAGGCAAUUCCGGAAAUUGAAAAACGACUACACUCUGACUUUGAACUUAGAAAAAUUGCUCGUCAAGAAGGAAGACGACAUUGUGAUUCAGCCGUGCUUAACUAUCAAACAGCUCGAAUGCCGGAGCAAAUUCGUUUGAAAGUUGGUGGCAUUUCAAGCGUUCAAUUCUCAGUUUACGAUGAAUUCGCUCGAAAUAUACCUGGAUUCCAGCCGAUGACCGAACGUGAUGCAGCUGCAUUACUUUUACAGAAAUCCACUGUACCACCGCAGGAAAAUGUAAUGCCCGUUGCACCAUUCUCCGAUUUGACGCAAACAUCGCACGGUGCAAUGUUCAAUACAAACGAAAUUGGUUUCCAAUUCGAAGAGUUGGGCAGUAAAAUGGAAGCAUUUUUGAAUAGUUCCAUAAAUAUACCGGCACUUCAAAUGCACGUAACAAAUAUGCACGCAUUGCUCGAUUGUUUGAUGACAGCAAGACGUGCCCGUGACGAAAUGAGUGCGGUCAGCCUAUUGAAUCGUGCCGUUGAAAAUAUAAUGGAAGGAAUUACCCACAACACUGAACACGGUGAAUUGCUUAAGCACUAUCGCGACAUUCAUUUCCGAUUGUUGCAAUGGAUGCAAGACAGCCGAGCAUAUGGCCCAAUGUUUACACAACGUUCAAUAACCAAAUGUAUGAUUGAAUGUCGCGAAGAUAUUCGUUACAAUAUGGAAGCGGUUGAGUUGUUGAUUUCAUCAAACUUUGCCAAUGUAUCACAAUAUGAUUACAUGCUCAGCCAAUUGAUGGACAAUGGAAAUAACUUUUUGGCCGUUGGCUUUGCAAUGCAAUUGGUGCAACAUUAUUUCAUCGACGAUCGUCCAAAUCCAUUGAUUAGCGAAAAUGAUUUCUACAAUACGAUUGAAAUGUUGGCCAGAUUGGCGGCAUUGCAUCGAGCACCAGAGGGACUACCGCACUUGAUUGAAAUGCUACGACUUGCUAACGAUCCCAAUUCAAUGGCCUUUGAUCGUGCCAAUUCUGGACCCACGUCACACAUUCAUUCGGGCAUCUUACAAGUGCGAUCGAAUGACUUCAACGAUCCGGCCAUGGCCGACAAAGUGGAGUAUCUAUUGAAAGAUUGGGCCACCAAUUAUCACAUGAAUGCGGGCGGCAGCCGUGAUGCCAGCGCCAUGAAAUCAUUCAGUUUGUUUGUGAACAAAUUGAAUUUGUAUGGUGUACUCAAAACCGACGAAUUGAUCACACGCUUCUUUAGACAGGCGACACAAUGGUGCAUCGAUUUGGUUUAUCGUAAUUUAAACGAUCCAUCAACAUCGCCACAACAAAAUAAGACGAAAAUUUUCCACUACAUUGAUUCGUUUGUUCGUUUGAUUGCAUUGAUUGUUAAAUAUUCGGGCGAUAAUCCGAAUGCAACGACCAAAAUAAAUUUGCUCAAUAAAAUUUUGGGCAUAAUUGUCGGUGUAUUGUUGCAAGAUCAAGAGCAACAAGGUACAUCAUUCCAGCAACUUGGCUAUCAUCGUCUUUUUAUUAUGCUCUUUUUGGAAUUAAGCGCACCCGAAUUGGAUUCAAUCAGUUUGAGCGUAUCGACCGCAUUCUGUCACACAUAUCACAUUCUACGACCAUCAAUUGCGCCAGCAUUUUGCUAUUCAUGGCUUGAGCUCAUUUCGCAUCGUGUAUUUAUUGGUCGGAUUUUGGCAUUGACACCACAACAAAAAGGAUGGGCCAUGUACUCGCAACUGUUGUUGGAUCUCUUCCGUUAUUUGGCGCCAUUCUUGCGCAAUGCCGAAUUGGCCAAACCCGUUCAAUUGUUGUACAAAGGAACAUUACGCGUGUUGCUUGUGUUGUUGCAUGAUUUUCCUGAAUUUUUAUGCGACUUCCAUUUCGGAUUCUGUGAUGUGAUCCCAUCGAAUUGUAUUCAAAUGCGAAAUCUGAUUUUGGCAGCAUUUCCACGUAAUAUGCGACUACCGGAUCCAUUCACGCCAAAUCUUAAAGUUGAUAUGCUGAACGAAAUCACAACCGCACCCAGAAUAUUCACAAACUAUGUGGCCAACAUUCAACCGACAUCAUUCAAAAAAGAUUUGGACGCAUACUUGAAAGCACGUGUGCCGGUUACAUUUUUGUCCGAACUACGUAGCCAUUUGCAGAUAUCAAAUACAGCCGGUUCAAAGUAUAACGUCCCACUGAUGAACGCUUUGGUACUAUAUGUUGGAACACAAGCCAUUGCCCACAUACGUUCAAAGAAUCUCGUACCAAACAUGACAACCAUUGUUCAUUGUUCGCACAUGGACAUUUUCCAAAAUCUAAUUGUUGAUUUGGAUCACGAGGGACGCUAUCUAUUCUUGAACGCUGUUGCAAAUCAAUUGCGUUAUCCCAACAGUCAUACACACUACUUCAGCUGUACAUUGCUCUAUCUCUUUGUUGAGGCAAACUCUGAAGCAAUCCAGGAACAAAUCACACGUGUUCUACUGGAACGUUUGAUCGUUAAUCGGCCACAUCCAUGGGGUCUAUUGAUCACAUUCAUUGAAUUGAUCAAGAAUCCAAUUUACAAAUUCUGGGACCAUGAUUUCGUACAUUGUGCACCAGAAAUUGAAAAGCUAUUUGAGUCGGUGGCUCGUUCGUGUAUGGUGGUCAAAGCAGCUGCAGCAGCCCAACAACAAAAUGUCGAAGGAGAAUUACAAGAAUGCAACUGAAAGCGGUCCUUAGCGAAAAGCUUUCUCUUUUAGCACAUUCGAACAAAAUACAAUGUGGACAACAUGAUAAUUAAUCAAAAAACAAACACAAAAUGACAAAGCGUGAAGAAAACGUUCUUUACUUUCUCGAAUGAGAUUUGCUGUACAGAAAAUGAUAUUUAACAAACAAACAUCGAACAAAAUCACUUUGUUCAAUUGAUUUACAAAUACAAGUAGAUGCAAUCUUUUUGUAAAAGACAGAAAAAAAAUUACUCGAACAAUUUUGUAAUAUUUUAAAUGAAUUUGUCGUUGAAAUAUUGACAUUGAUCGAUACUAAUCUCUCGGUUCAAAUUUGUAUUUUCAAAAGUGGACGUUUAUAGACAUGUGGAAGGGGAAACACAUUGCAUCUAUGAGACCGUAAACAACUAUAUUAUAGGACGAUUUGUGACAAUUUUAAAGGCUCUUGAUAUUUAAAGUGCAACAAGGUAGAGAAAGAUUUUUUUUUGCGGGAGAACGAAAAACUUUAUUUCAUUUAAACGAUACAAAACAAGUUAAUAGUUUUAAAAUAUAAUGUAAAAGAGACGACUCAAGAUUAAAUUGGAAAAUUAACUAAUUAUCCUGUCUGUGACGGUAAUGCCGAUAAGCUAAUUUAGUUUAUAAUAAAAACAAUUUCUUUGAAUAAACAAA